CCAGCUGUGAUCGUGGCAAUGUGGGCAGGCGUCAAAGGUCAGUUAGACAGCAGCACGGAGGAUCCUCUUGCUCCACAAGGAUGCCCGUGGCAAAGAAGAGAUUUUUACGACUACAUAUUCAUCAGUCCAGUCAUUUUCAUUCUUAUGGUAAACAUCGCAUUCCUCAUGAAGAUUAUGUGGGUUCUCAUCACAAAGCUGAGAGCGACAAAAACAUUAGAGUCAGAGCAAUACAGGAAGGCAGCAAAAGCGCUACUAGUCCUGAUUCCUUUGUUGGGAGUGACAUAUAUCCUGGUAAUUGCCACGCCCACUCAUAGGAUGGGCGAAGUCAUCUUCACCUUCAUACAAGCCAUUCUGCUCUCUAUUCAGGGCUUCAUCGUUGCAGUUUUGUACUGUUUUCUAAAUGGUGAGGUUCAAAACUCGGUAAGACACCGCCUAGAGCGCUGGAAAAUUCACCGAGCUGUUGGCAGGGGACACCACCAACCUCUGAACAGUCAAGCUUCUUCGCAAGGCGAAAAGUUCUACCGAAACAGAGGCAUCAGGAACAGUUCCAUCAGUUUCGCCACUUCUACCUCACUCAUCAACUUCCAGUCAGUCAGAACGCCCUCAGUCAACAAACUGGACAGUUGCACUCCGCUUCAAGCGACCGAAUCCACGAAAGAUGAUGCAGUCUGAACUGUCCACAAAGGAUACUGCUACCAUCCGUCGUAAUUAAGCUUUAGCCACUUCCGUGAACGGAAAGCUAUUCCUCCCGACGGACAUAUUCCAUCUUAGUGAAAAAUGUUUGCAGCAUAUUGUAACUGCAGUGACCAUUAGUAUAUGAUUCAAAACCCCUACAAAAGAAUAAGAAAGCUCUGAAGACAUCUGGAGAAAGAAAUGCAUUAGGGUUUGAAUGAAGCAAACUGUACUUUCAUUAGAGUUUACCGAUAUUACUCGUUAAAAGUGAAACAACAAAAACGAAAAAGAGUUUCGAAAAGGAUUUUCCUUACGUACAACGUACCGCUUGACCAAAAAGGGACCUAAAACUUUUCUAUUUGAACUCGUAGAUAGUUUUUCGCGAAAUCGGCUGUGCUUUGAAUAUUCUGAAAGUGGUGAAAUUCGAAGACUGUCAUUUGAUGGAUAUAUACAGCAUCAAUUAAACUGCAUUUUGAAGGAAUAAACUUUAAAUUUAAGAGUGAUUGAUCUAAUGAUCAGAAUAACUUUCCUUCAACGGAUCUAAAGUGACUGAAUCAAAGUUGAGACAUUGCGAUAUUUGCUUUUGGAGUGACAACAAAAAACACGAUGCUUUUAAAUGUUCUUAAGUGUAAUAGCAGCAAAAAACGAAGCGAGCUGAUAAAAAAUUUCACCUAAUAAAAAGAUAAAAACUUAACCGGUAGUGCAUCUGAACUUUAUACAAUGUAUUGAGAAAGCAAUGUUCCGUAAGUUACAUGUAGUGUCGCUUUUGAAAAUGAAAAUCUAGAAAUUAAAUUUAACAUUGUGUUUGUUUAACUUUGUAUCAAAAACUUUUUAAAUGC